AUGACGCCGAUGGUGACGACCCCGAAAGGUAGUUUAACGCGGCGCCAGCGCGCGCGUCGCGUCGCGCGCAGGGUUUGGCAGAAGAUGUCCUUGCCCGUGUUCUUCGUCUUGUUUCUCUUUGGAUUCCUCUAUUACACGACGAGCACGAUCGUGUUGUAUGGCAGAUUCGAGACGAGCGUGGACGGGACCAUUCACCGGUCGAUUUUGUUCGUCACCACGUCGUUAGCGCUGUGUUUAUACGUAGCUUCGGUGAUGUGCGAGGCUGGGAAAGUCCCGGACGGUUGGCAACCGGACAUGGAAGAUGCGAAUAACUUUUGGGAGGUGAAGCGGAAAGGGAAAGGCUUGAAACGUUUUUGCCAAAAGUGCAACGCCUAUAAGCCGCCGAGAGCGCAUCACUGCAGAGUGUGCCAAAAAUGCGUGCUGAGGAUGGAUCAUCACUGCGUGUGGAUUAAUAAUUGCGUCGGGCAUAAAAAUUAUAAAGCGUUUUUCUUGUUUUUAUUUUACGCGGUGUUGGCGGUUGGGCACUCGGCGAUGAUUUUGAGCUGGAACAUGGUGGCGAGCGAAAGCGGUAGUGGUAAGAAGAAACUAGCGGCGAGUAAUACGGCGGCUGCUGCGGCGGCGGCGGCGACGACGACAGGGAGUAAUAGUGAUAGUAAUGCGUGGGAUUGGGACGCAAUAUGUGAAGUGACGGCGUUAAUGGUUUCGUUUCCCUUAUUGUUAGCGAUCGGUUUGUUGUUUGCGUGGCACGUGUGGUUAACAUCGAAGAAUUGCACGACGAUUGAACACUACGAAGGCGUGCGUUCAAAACUGACGUUGACGCACCCAAUUGGAGAGAAUGGCGAAAGGACGACGACGACGAUUAGUAGCGAAGGCGGCGAUGGGAGCAAUAAAGCAACUGGAACCAACGCGACCACCACGAUUAAGAAAAUAGAACAUCCGUACAGUCUUGGAUUGAGCGGAAAUUUAAGAGAAGUUUUAGGCGCGAAGAUGCGAUACUGGCUUUUUCCAGGAUGCAGCAUCGACGGCGAUGGGCUGAGUUUUGCAAACGCGUACGAGAAUUCGGACAAGUGGAAACGCAAAGUCAAUCAAGAGUUAGAGUUGUAA